GAGGUGAACCUGAAAUCUUUCUUUUCCUUGUCUGGCUGAAAGAAUCUUGAGAAUCCGUGGUUUACGCGGCGGAUCGAGAGUCAUGAGACUGUGGCGUGAACAACAGCAGCAGCAGCAGAAACGGGGAGAGAGGAGGAGGAGGAGGAAGGCGGCGGCGCACACAGGAAACUGCAAACUCAGCGAGGAGGAGGCAGAGCUGCUUCUUUUUUCUAACGGAUGGAUCCAAUGAAAAGUCAGCAGGGCACUUCCGUUGCCAGUUUGCUGUCUAAAAGUUGGUUUAACCGUAAAUGCUACAUCAUCAUUUGCACGGAUGUUACUUUUUUAAGCGCUUUAUUUAUUUCCUUAUUAAGCUUAUUGAAAAAGAAAGAAAAAAAAAGAAUCCAUAAUUCUUCCCUUGCAGCUUCACGUACAUGACGCCCGCUCCGCUCACGCGUAAUUUGGCACAUUUUACGCGCUUUAUUUCCUGCGUAAUUGCGCACAAGGAACUCGAGCCUUCUCUCAAGAAGCUACACUGCAAAAAAAACAAAACUCCUAACCUCUUAACCUCCUUUUCCAUUUGCUGCUAAAACUGUACUUAAGUAAGUAGGUAAAGUAAGCGGUAAGUAGUUUAAUCUGCCUUUAGUGUUGAGAUUUGAGUCACUCAGCACAUUUGUUUGUGUUGUAAUCCGACUUUAAAAAUCUCAGUGUGGUCAUUUCUUGCAGCGUUAGCAGCAGUUUAGACCCACGUCACUCUACCAGACAACUCCCCCCCCCUCCUCCCCCUGCUCCUUCUCUUUCCUCCUUGCUGGAGCAACCAUACAUCCACAGUUUGGGAAGAACUGGAUUAGGGUGUUUUUUGUUCUUGCGUGGAUCAGACGCACAGCCAUGAUGACCGGAUUCAGACUCAACUUGUCGCCGCUGAAGGAGCCGCUGGGCUUCGUCAAACUGGUGGAGUGGCUCACGGCCAUAUUCGCUUUCGGAAGCUGUGGCGGUUUCUCCGGGAGGAACAUUUUAUCGAUCUUCUGCGGCGACGGCAAGAAUGAAACUCUUAAUGCCGAGUUCCACUAUCCAUUUAGGUUAAGCCAAGUGCCACUCAUUGAGGGAAACACCACUAUUUGUAACCAGUCCGUCAUGACGACACACAUCGUUGGAGACUCCACCUCGGCAGCUGAGUUCUUUGUGGGCAUCGCUGUCGUCUGCUUCCUGUACAGCAUGGUGGCUCUGCUGGUUUAUUUAGGCUACAUGCACGUCUACAAGGACUCUGACUUUGGACCUAUUUUUGACUUUGUGCUCACGGCCGUCCUGGUCUUCCUGUGGCUGGUGUGUUCAUCCGCCUGGGCGAAGGGUCUGCAGAACGUGAAAGACGCCACAAACACCGACGGCCUCAGCGCCGCGCUGCCGCAGUGCAAGGGCGGCAACGUCACCUGUGAGGUCACGGAGUUCGCCAACAUGCGAACCCUCAACAUCUCAGUGGUGUUUGGCUACCUCAACAUGUUUGUGUGGGCUGGAAACGCCUGGUUUGUUUACAAGGAGACUCGCUGGCACUCCCAAAAGUUCUCCUCCCCAUCUGGACCGGGAAGGCAGCAGGUCCCUGCACCCAUUUAACACAUAGCACACAUAGGAUAAUACACACACAAAAAAACACAUACACAAUUACAUACAAAUACCACACACGCACACUCCUAAAACAUAAUGAAGACAGACAAAAUGAAGGAUAAAUUGUUCAAUGAGCAGUUGAAAAACUUAUUUGAACGUUAUCAGCACAGCAGCUGCUCUACCGGUCAGACACGGAGAUAAUGUGGUGUUUGUGUGACCCAAAAUAACUAUAUUUCAUAUAAUUCCUUGCACAUUCAUUACAUACUAGAGGAUUACAUUUUUAAAAAUAUCAUAAUUCUGAGAAAAGUGUCACAAUUCUGACUUGAAUCCCAGAAUUCUGACUUUUGUUCAAGAGAUUUCCACUGAAAUUAGCAUGCUGACAAGCUAAUUGUCGCUUAGUAAUUCUACUUAAAUUCUACUCUUCUACUAAAAAUGUGACCACAACUGCAGCAUGAAUGAAUGAAUGACUGACUGAAUGAAUGAAGCAGUAAGAUGAAAAAAAUACUGAGCACUGUCUCAAAUUGUAAAACGUAAUGUUUGCUAAAAGGCUUUCAUAGCUAACUGCUAUGCUAACGGCCAAAAGAUGACAGCACUCGUUAUUAUUGUUGUUUGCGACAGAAAUGACGCCAGACUUUGGUGAAAAAUGAAGGAGACGAGUUCACCUUUGUCUUGUGUUACUCCCACUAACGCCAAACGCAGUCAAUAAAAACCCACGUUUAAUUAUUAGCACUUAUCAACAUUAGCUUUUACAACUUCAACAUCAUUUGACCCGGCAGUGAUGAUGUAAAUUCACAAAUAAAACUAAUUUGCAACCAUUGAAGUUGAAGCUGAACUUGUUCCUACUAGCAAUUUUUUAUGAAGCCCCUCAAUGUCCUCACAUGUGCCUUUUUUUUUUUUUUACCACAUAAUAAUAAUAAUACAGCAACACUAAUGCAAUUUUGUGUGAAAUCCUUUCACAUGUGUCUUUUUACAACUAUUCCAAGAUGGUGCCUUAUGCUUUGUUCAGCGAUCAAUGCACAGACUGUGACCAAAUGUCACAAGCUUUUCAGCUGCAUUGUGACUUUUAAAUACCGUCUGUCACAUUCAUUAUACGUUAUACACAUACUCAUUAUUUUACUUUAAAGUCACGUUUUUACCCAUGCACAUUGGAGCAAAAUAUAUGUUGUUGAAAUUUCUUCCGCAACCAGGUUUUUUUCAGGUUAAUACAGAGGCUGAUACUCAUAACUGCAAGUCUAUUCUUUUUUAGAAUAUUUUACAUUUCCUACAUGUGAAAGAUAGUUAAAUUAAUAUUCUUUGCACCUGAUAUAUGAAGCACACGUGACUCACUCGAAUACUUGUUUUCCGUCAUUUGCUCUCUGACAUCGAGUACAUUUGCUACAGUGGUGAUGAUCAGACGUGGAAAUGACGACGCGUGACAACUUUAGGAUUAUUCAUUUAUCGAAUGAGUGUAGAGAUGACGUCAAUGAGUAGAUCUUGAAGACUUGAACUUGAAGACACUAUCAUUAUGCUAUAUAAUUAGUUUUUCUGGUGUCGUUUGAAGCACUGUGAUGGUGUGAAGCCACAACAAAGGCGUGAUUGGCGGUGAUUAAUUCAGCCUUUGUCUACCAAAGUACCAGUGAAACAAUACAUUCUUGCUUGAUUGUAUCCUUUUUUUUAUAUUAUUAUGUUUAAUAUUGUUGUAACUUUUGAAUUAUGAAUUUAAACAGACACUUUUCUGCCAAUGCAACAUUUUCUUUUUCAUUUCUCUAGGCUACCAAAGUUUGAGCUGGUGUUAUUCUGUUUUAUUUUUCAUAUUCAAUUAUGUAGAAUGUUACUAUGAUUCGUUGUAUGUUGGGUGGUGUUAACUUUGGCUGAAAGACAAACAUAAAUGAAACAACAAUAGUGUGUGUGGUGUACUGGUUAUGCCGCUGCACUCCUGGAAUCAUUUCCCAGCUAAAAAUGUGUAUUUGUCAAUGAUUCCUAUGCAUGUACCUGCCAAACCUGUCUUAUUUGAGAGAGACAUCAGUACAUACACUCUGUGACAUUGUUUUUUCAAUAAAAGUGAACUGUUUUUCCAUUCA